AUGGGCUUGCCAAAUCGUAUACCACUAAAGGCUCCUACGCUAUCUCCCUCCCCGCUACCCUCUGCUCGCCUAUCAGGUGGCUUGUGGGCUGACAAACAGAGACACCUAAUUCAAGCUUACGAGUACCUUUGCCACGUUGGUGAGGCACAACAGUGGAUCGAGGGUUGUCUAGGUGAAGAGUUAGAAUUCGGCGUCGUCGAGAUGGAGGAGGGACUGAGAAAUGGCAUUGUACUAGCAAAGCUAGUUCGAGUCUUUCGAGGUGACGCAGCUGUGCGAAAGAUAUACGAGGCUCCGAAAUUAGACUUUCGACAUUCGGACAAUAUUAAUUACUUCUUCAAUUUUGUUCGUCACGUUGGCCUUCCCGAGGGUUUUAUAUUCGAGUUGACCGACCUGUACGAGAAGAAAAACCUGCCGAAGGUCAUUUACUGUAUCCAUGCUUUGAGCCAUCUUUUGGCUCGUCGUGGCAUGGCCGAACGCAUCGGAAAUUUACUCGGCCAGCUUCAGUUCUCCGAUGACCAGCUGCAACGAACGCAAAAGGGCUUGAAAGACGCAGGUGUAGCCAUGCCUAAUUUUGGGAACGUUGGCAGAGAACUGGCGAAAGAAAUAAACGAAGAGCUGGAGAUCGAGGCAGAAACCGAGGAUGAAUAUCGUGAUCGCUUACUUCUAGAGAACGAAGCAUCGAUUAUCGCAUUCCAGGCCCAUGCACGCAGCUUUCUUACUAGGAAGACGCAGCAGACUUUGCACGGAAGAAUCCGACUAGCAGAGCGUCACAUUUCGAAACUUCAAACUCACUGCCGCGGCCUAUUGCUUCGGAAACGUUUGUUCAGCCAAAGGCGGGCUAGAAUCAAAUUAACGCCUUGGAUUGUUCAAGCUCAAAUUCGUGGUGUUCUGCAGCGUCGUCGUUUCGCUCGUUUGAAGGCUAAUCUCAGAAAGUUCAAUUUCCCCAUCAUGCGAUUUCAAGCUGUGGCUCGCGCACAUCUCACUCGAAGAACGAGGGUCGAACUUUCGAAAACCUUUUUUCGGCCUGAUGUCGAGUUGUCUAUCAUUUCUUUCCAAUCGCUUGCACGUGGAGCACUCGUCAGGCGACAAGCCAGCUUGCGUUUCAGGAUACUCAAGCGGUUUGGAUCGACCUUCACCGCCUUGCAAGCUCAUUGUCGCGGUAUUCUCGUCAGGAGACGGAUGCGGGCUCAAGUGGCGAAGCUGGAGAAUGUGUCACACGUGGUGGUUCGGAUACAAGCUGCCGUUCGGACGUAUCUGGCAAGGAAGCGUCUACUUUUACUAAUCCGUGGUCUCAGAAAAGCUACUCCCAUAGUCGUGGGCUUGCAAGCUCGCGCCAGAGCGAGCUUAAAACGUCAGCAGCACCAGAGUAUCAACAAGGCGCUGGCAGAGGUUCAGUCCGUCAUUUCUGUUGGCAACUUGCAAGCACUUGCGAGGGCAAGUCUUGUUCGCAAUAAGCACCGUCAAAUCAACAAGAAGCUCACGGUGGCAUUGCCUGAUAUCGUGGGUUUUCAGGCGACAGCUCGCGCAUGGUUGUUGCGGCGGGACUUUUGCCCUUGGAGGGAUCACCUGCUGCGAAGUCAAACGGUGGCCACGAAUUUACAGGCCAUGCUCCGGGGGACUUUGCAAAGGCGGGCAUUCCGCGCGAAGAUGGAUUACUAUUCUGCCAAUCUACGUAAGGUUGUAAUAAUUCAGUCACUAUUUCGCGCUAAAGAAACGCGGGAGCAAUACCGGCAGUUAACAUUGGGGAAAAACGUAACUGUCGGAACGAUCAAGAAUUUCGUUCACCUUCUUGACGAUUCUGAAGCUGAUUUCCAAGAGGAAAUUAAGGUCGAAAGACUCAGGAAACGUGUUGUGGAACACAUUCGGGAAAAUCAGGCACUCGAGAAUGAGGUCAACGAUUUAGAGGUUAAGAUUGCGCUCAUCGUCCAAAAUGUCAAGAGCUUCGACGAGUUGAUCAAAGCGAGGAAAAGACAUGGGGCGGACAGUGCUGCGGCACACGCUGCCAGAGUUUCUCUCUUGGCGGCGUAUGGUGACCCAUUUUCUGGCCCUAAUACGCUCGAUCAAGACGCGCGGCGGAAACUGGAGCUGUAUCAACAGCUCUUUUAUCUCCUUCAAACUCGUGGCGAAUACCUAAGCAAGCUCUUUGUCCGUUCAUCUGUGGAGACAUGUUCAGAGACAAGCCGUCGUUUUAUCGAGAGGGUGGUAUUGACCCUAUUUGGUUAUGGCCAAGAUCGCAGGGAAGAUUUCUUGUUGCUGAAACUGUUCCAGGCGAGCACUCUUCCUUUCAACAUCCAGCUUGCUAUUAGGGAUGAGAUUGCUGCUGCAUCGACUGUGAACGACAUCGUGCGCGGUCACCCAAUAUACAUCAACAUCGCUGUUCAUUAUAUUCGUCCGAGGCAAGUCACAUACGUCAAGGAUGCAUAUCAAUCCAUCAUCCGAGAGGUCAUCGAUUCCGCUGAUCUCGACCUUGAAGUUGACCCUUCUGUAAUUCAUCGAGCGAGGAUAGAUGUAGAAGAAAUGAGGUCAGGAGUGUUGAGCUCUCAACCAAAAGAUAUUCCUUUCCGUGAAGCCCUCGCGGAUCCGGAUACUAGAGGAAUAUACAUUCGUCAUCUUCAAGUCCUCCAAUGGUGGACAGAAGCAUUUGUAACCGCCAUCACUCAAUCGACAAGGAAGAUGCCAUAUGGAAUGCGCUAUCUAGCCAGGGAGACCCUUCUCAGCCUCCGGAGCAAGUUCCCCGACGCCUCGGAUGAAAUAUAUGCCACAUGCAUAGGCCGUCUUGUGUACUAUCGCUACAUCAACCCCGCUAUAAUAACACCAGAAACAUUUGACAUUGUCUCUAAAACCGUCAACAUAGCCGCCCGAAAGAACCUUGCGCAAAUAUCAAAGAUCCUCACACAGAUUAUGAGUGGAGAGGUGUUCGAUGAUGACAAUCCUAUCUACGUGCCGAUAAAUGAUUAUGUUCGAAAAGCAAUACUUCAAAUGUCUGCCUGGCUCAUAGAAGUUGCGGAUGUACCGGAUGCUGAGUCCCAAUUUCAUGCUCAUGAAUUCUUGGAUGCGACUGUUCAACCAAAACCCAUAUAUAUCUCGCCAAAUGAGAUAUAUACCGUCCACUCUUUACUGUCUCAGCAUCAAGAUUAUUUGAAUGCAAGCAAUGAUGAUACGCUAAAGGUCAUUCUUGCAGAACUGGGCGGUGUCCCACACCUCGACAACGAAGAACUCAAAGAUGCCCGAGAUUCUGCGAUUACACUUGAGCUCACGAAUCGAUUUGCCGACGUUCGUGACCCCCUUGCCGAAGAGAAAACACUUUGGGUUCAGGCCAAACGCGGCGUCCUCGCAAUACUUCGAGUGCAACCGGCCCAGGAUCUAAUUGAGGCUUUGAUGCGUAGGGUGACUGAGGAUGAUGAAUUAAUGUGGGAAGAAAUUCUUGAUGCUGAAAUGGAGAACGAGAUGCGGCACAAUCCACGGCGCCAGCCAUCCGCCGUUGCCAACGAUUCGGCCUACCGACUUGAAGACAUUCGAUCAUUAAAGUUUGCUGCUGUUAAAGCCCUUGCGAUCGCCAACUUACUAGAGCUUGAGAAAGGCGGAAAAAUUAGCCGUGCCGACGGAUUCCAAGGCAUUUUGAAUGCCAUUGCGGGUGAUGUGCGCAGCAAGCAUAGGAAACGCAUCCAGCGUCAGCAAGAGAUGACGAAUAUGAAUGAAGCUCUUCGACAAUUGGCCGAGCGGAAGAAGUAUUUUGAGGAACAAAUCGAUAGUUAUCACAGCUACGCCGAGACAGCAAUGAAUACUAUGCAGAGGGGAAAGGGCAAAAAGCGCUUCGUCCUCCCAUUCACAAAACAGUAUUUUCAUCUUCGAGAUUUACAGAGGUCAGGACAGACUCCACAAUUCGGAUCAUUCCUCUAUACUGCCAAAUAUCUAUACGACAAAGGCAUCCUCCUUUCUAUUGAUCAAUAUUCCCCUCGCCAGUUUGACAAAUUACAAUUGACAAUGUCAUCCAAUACGGCUGGAAUCUUCACCCUGUCGCUGGAAUCGACUUUGCUCGGAAUUGUGACCCGGAUCGCAUCCGAAGACGUUCGAAUGGAGGAUCUUUUGCAAGCCAAAUACGAAAAAAGACCGUCCUUGGCCUUGUUCAACGGCAAAGUGAAGGUUAACUUUGAGCUGUUUCUCUAUCAGAUCAACAAAAAAUUCUACGUUUGAUGACCCUCCUCUGCCCGUCGUUCUGUCCCCUGAUUUUGGCCAUUUGUCUCUGUAUGCACCAUCUGUCUUCCCAUACAUUAUAGCAACUUAGAUACAUUCUGUAACGAUAGGCGACUGAUCACGAUCAUUUGUAUUUAUCCAAAGCACAGCCUCAGGAGCAAAACGAAAGUCACUAUAGUCUAACUUU